AUGAACCAACAACUUGAACCCCAACCACCCAUUUUGACCCUUCCGGCAGAGCUUCUCGCUCAGAUUGUGUCUCUGGUUAGCACACGAAGUCGCAAUGACGGACCUACGGUCUUUGAAAUUAUCCAGCUCAUGCAAGUCUCUCGCCAAUUUUACAACGUACUCCGUGCUUCACCAACUCUUUGGACUCGCGUCGACUUCUCCCUUACCCUCCCUGCCUCUGUACCGACUUUGCUAAAUGGAAUGACUCGCGCUGUCACACUUUCUGACGAUCUCCCGCUUAGCUUCAGGCUGUUUCUGUCACACUCCCCGACCAGCCAUGAAACCCGCCUAAUUCUCGCUAAGCUUUUCUCGACGGGCAGCCGAUGGGGCGAGCUAUACUUCCACUUCCACGGUCACCUUAAUCUGAACCUUGCCCAGGUCUGGAUCACGGAACUCGAGAGAAUGAGGCGAGAUGCCGGUGGAAUCAGCCCCUUUACCAACGUACAGCAGGUCACGUUAGCCCAUCCAGGAUUCAAUUAUAAUACACUGCCGCGCAGAACGGAGGCUUACAAUGCCGCCCUCUGGCCUUUAGCCCAGCUCUUUCCGAGCUCCAGGAAGCUCGAGCUGAAGCGCAUGGAAUUUGAAUGUGGAUUUUCAUUACCAGCACAAUUGUCCAUUCCUACUCUGGAGUUUUUGACACUGGAUUUCGGCUGCCUUCACAACGUCUCUCCGGCCGUGGUGAGGGAUAUCCUAGCUGGUGCUCCGGCAUUGAAAUUCCUUCAUCUCUGUGCCAGGCAUGUCACAUACCACGAGUCCCCACCACCUGUCAACCUCCCUCCCCAUAUUUCGUUGGAAACUCUUGUGCUCAGGCUUUUCCUGCCGAUAAUCUGUGAACAGCUUCAGGCACUCAAUUGCCCAUCUCUGGCGCAUCUCCAUAUUAUACACAAUCCCGCAAUACCUCUAAAUGGCUCCAGUGCACCGGACGACUUUGUCGAAGCUAUACUUGCGAUGGUAAAUCAGUCUGGAUGUCGACUGAAGUCGCUGGACCUGAGACGGAUAGACCUAUCCAAUGAUCAUUUCGUGCGGCUCUUCGCAGGUCUCCCUUACCUGGAGAAAGUGUAUCUCACUCUCCGGGCUGCUGGAGGAGUGGACGAGAAUCUCUUUGAAAGACUUCUGGAAAGGUCGACGAAUGACACCAUCUUGCCCCGGCUGAAAUCAUUCGAAGUUGUGACAGACGAGGGAUACACAUUCUUGACCCAGCCCUUCAUUGACUUCGUCCGGGAUCCGCAGAGGCUGGCGACGGGCUAUUUAUUAAUGUUCUUCAACACGCGGUGCUGUCCUUCGGCCACGGGAAUGUGGCAUACCGUCUGCCCUAGGCUUUCCCGUGCAUCAGAGUUAUCACUUGACCGGCUGCUUCGCCCUCAGAUAUUAGUUCUUUUUUAUGUACCACCCUAG